UAACUCGUCGGUUACCCCAUCAACUUCAGUUGUAAUAUUAUCACAAUUUGGAUCUUAUAUUUUCUACAUUUUGAGGAUCUGUCAAAUUUAUCAUGAGUGAUCAGAAAAUCCAUCAUUGAUCAGAUUUUGGCGUACACUUCCAUAAAGUAUAUUUUGCUGCGAAAAAAUUCCCAAUUUCAAUUAGGGUUUUCUAAUUUAUUCAAAUUUGGUGAAAUAUUUCGCAAUUUUGUGCGUUGAGAGAGUUAGGAGAGAGAGAAAAGAAUUGAAAUGGCUGUGCACUUUGAUCGGUGGGAGAAGGAUCCAUUUUUCUCAGCUGCUGAAGAGGUUCAAGAAUCAGCAGAUAGGAUGGAGUCUAGCUAUCGAACAUGGAUGCAUGCAUUGAAGGACAGUUCCCAUAGCUGGAACUUGGAGGACCUCGGCCGGGAUUUACGGGCAGCUCUUGGCACAGCCAAAUGGCAGUUAGAGGAGUUUGCACGAGCUGUGAAAGCUAGUUACAAGAAAAAUUCGGUGGAUGAAGCCAAAGACCGGCACCAUCAAUUUAUUAUGGCGAUGGAGGAGAAAGUUUCUGUAGUUGAAAAUAUGUUACAGGAGAUGUCCGCUUCUGACGGAAAGACACCUGCUCAAUGGGUACGCCUUGAUGAAGGGGAGCGGGAUGAAUUUGCUUUGUUCCUCACUGGGCCAUCUGUCUCUGGUGACAAGUUGGAUAUUAAAGUUGUUAAUGAUGGUAACGAACAGGCUAAGUCUCAUGGAAGGUUUACGAAACCUUUGCCUAGUCCAUUGAAGAACAAGUCUUAUGCUUCAGGGCUGCACUUGAUUGAAGGGAAAGAUGUACCAGGUCAUCGUAGAACUGCAAGUGCUAGUGCGGGCAUUGCCUCUUGGAAUAUAUCUGCUUAUGAAGAUAACUAUAAAUAUGAUUCUUCCGACAGACGGGCUGAACCUCCCCCUCAAAGAGUCCCGAGUUACUCAGGCUUUAUGAGUGUUGCCGUGGAGUCAGCCCCCAAAUUGAUGUUGCCCAAAAAUGGUUUCAGGAAAUGGAAGGCGGCCGAACGCCAACAAGACGAUGAAAUUGCAUUGUUGAGGCCUCAAGAGUUGAGCCAGGGAAUGAAUGUAUGCUGUGACAAAAAUAAGAGUUGCCUGAAUAGUGGUGAUGAAUGCUGUAACAAGCAGCUAUAUGGUUGGUAUGGAGCUGUUCAGAGAAUGCUGCAAAGGUCUCAGUAUCAAGUGCAAUAUAGUCGCCCUGUGCAACUUACUUUUUGGUCGACUCUUCUACUUUUCUCUAUUGUAUUGUUUGUGUUGCGUGCCAUCUAGGGAGAAGAGUGCAGCCUCAUCCAGUAUAUUGUAGCAACCAGCAGGAAGUAUAGUGCAUAUUAAGUUCACAUUAUUCUUGCCAAUUACAGCUACAAGUUCCUUUGUAAAGUUUAACACGCUAUUGGUCGAGGCAAAGAAGUUGUAGAGAGCAGCAGGUUGCCUUGUAUUCCUUCUCCUCUGCUAGUUUUGAAUUCAUUUAGCAGGGCGAGAUUAUUCUUCUUCUUCCAAGAGGGCGACCCAGAAAGGAGAAAAUAUUUAGUCUAAUUUGUACGACACCGAAUUUCAGUGGCUAGAUGUGUUCAGGCCUCAGGGUGUGUGUAAUAUGUUAUCCUCCUACAAUUCUUGGAAUGGUGAUAUUGGAGUAUAAGUUCCACCUUGGCUUGCCCUUGUUUGUGGAUAAUAUUUUAGGAUGGAUGUAAAUAUUAGUCUUUUUUUAUGGUAUUUUAACGUUUUUGUAGACAUCACUUCAAUAUCAGAAGCAUGACUCUCUGAAAAAAAACCAAGUUCACUGUUCCCUUAA